UUUCUUGUCUGUAUGUCUAUUCAACACAAUCUUUUAUGAUUAUUGGGUGAGAGUAGAUGCUAAUUAUUUUAAAGAUAAAUAUGGCGACAGAAGUGUGCACGAGCCUUUAUGGAAGCCGACUCCUUACACCCCUCAACUUUACAACUUGUUUGUCUAUGGCAAGACAAAGAAAACUGAGAUUAAUCACUACUGGAUGAGUAAUCCGGAGAAUGGACUCAGCAAGUUCAUAGGAAUGGGCCAAACAGUGAAGAAGUAUCCUAUGAUCAUUGGCAAGUACAAGACACCGGUCCUCAUGGAUAAGCCGGGCGUGGGACAUAAAAUCUUAGGGGAGAUCUAUCUGGUUGAUACCUUCAUGAUGAAGAACUUGGACAUGUUAGAAGGAGUACCAGUGUUCAACGCACGAAAAGUCGACUCAAUCAGAAUAUUUACAGAAGACUAUCCCAAAGGAAAGGAAAUGCUUUGUUGGAUGUACUAUGCUAAAGUAAAGCCAAUCACCGUGCCUGGAUUAAACUAUGUUUCUGAAUACAUUUCUAAAAAUAUACCUGAAUAUUAAAUAACCU